CCCCUUUUAAGCCACUCAUUACAUUUUGUAGUUCUUUUAAACUUUUAGCAAAUAUAGCCUCCCGCAUCAACAAGCGGUGAAUAAACCUAUAGAUCACUACCCUUUCUUCUCCAAACUCUAUUCUCUAUUUUCCUUCUUCUUCAUCUUCCUCCUCCUCAUCCUCCUCUUCGUUUAAUAUAAGCUUAUUCUCAAGUUGGAUAUGUAUUGUUCAUAUAUCCUCUUCAUAGAUUCACCUAUCCUCUUCAUACAAAGGUCUUUGGUCUUGCAUAAGAACCUCACCUAUACCUAUCUCGAAGCAUUAGACUCAACCUUAAAGGUAUUCUCAAGGAAGUUGCAACAAAGGAGUCGAAUUGAGCAUUUGUUUCAAAGUCUUAAAGGCUCCUUCUUGUUCUUGCUCCCAUAUAAAACCCUUAUCUUUCUUAAUCACCCCGAUCAGAUGAUUAGCCGUUGUGUUAAAUCCCUUCACAAACCUCCUAUCGAAACUUGCUAAACCCAGAAAGCUCCUAACCUCUUAAACACUCUUAAGGAUUGACCAAUUUAUUAUAGCCUUCACCUUAGUUAGCUUCUAUGCCCAUCCCACGUACUACAAACCUUAACACAACCCUUGAAAGCCUUAGUACUUCAUUCUCACCUUGAAAGCUUUUGAAGCCCCUAAAUCUGCAUCCUUCCCUCCGAUGCAUUAAAAGGGACAGGAUUCAUGUAGCCAAUCAUUUAUUAAAAUAAAUUGAUAAGCUUGACGCAAAAGCCGAAAAAUAAAUAAUAGUAACUUGGUCCGGGGCAUUUAACAUUUCACCGGGUCAUGCUAAUUCCAUACUGAGAAGCAUGUGCCCAUCACUCCAGCAAUGGCGUCGAAGAUGACCUACAAUAAUCAGGCAAUCUCUUCAAAUCCGCUUGAAUUAGGAUCUACGGAUCAAUUCAUAUAGAAUGUCCAUAAAAUUGGGAGUUGAAUUAGUUAAUAGACUGUACCAACUUCUGUAUCUCAAAGUUAAUAACUAAUGGAAGAGAUAAGUUGGUAAAGAAAGAAACUGUAACAGUACCUUCUGCAUAAAAUCAUGUUGUAGUGUUCUGAUAGUGCUGAUUAUUGCUGAGUAUUUGUGAAAGUGAAACCUUGGAGCUCCGAGUUCAUAGCACUUAUUCUAUUGGUAAGCUCCUAUGGAGGCUAUUUGUUCAGGAGGCUGCUUUUGGCGCUAUUCUGAUGGGGGAUAACUUUAAUAUAGGAAAGAAGUCUAUGUCAAUUGGUUUGUCGUGAUUGGAGGCUGAUUGCUGAGAAUUACCUCUUUAUUGUGUUGUGAUCUAACACAGGGUUUGUUGCAGUUCUGACAUUGACCGUCUUCAGUUACUCAAUAGCUAUAUCGGUGAAAUAUAUAUUUUUCACCUCAUUGCAUUGUGAUUAGAUAGGGGAUUUGUUGCAUUGAGGGGCACCAAUUGGUUAAUAUCAUACAUAGUUCAGCUCACAUUUGUGCAAGAAUUGCUUGAAGAACAAUGGAAUCUGAUUUCCACGUGCUUAUUUUGGUGCUUUUGAUGGAAAUGAAUCUCACAGCCUUUUAAAGGAAUUUAACUCUCAUUUGCAGUCCAUAUUUUGCAUGCUUUGUUCUGGUGGGGUAGAAAUCUAGACCAGAUCAGGAGAAGUUGUACGAUGUUGGAGCCUCUUGAUAUGGUUUUUGUUAGCUAUUAAUGAACGAUGGCGUGCUUUCAUCUUAGGCCUCUUUAUCCCUAAGCCGGCGUACAUUAAACUAUUUCCAUGGAAUUGUCUCGAGUUUUCAGAAAAUUCUGACAAGGCUAGCUUUAUAAGUGAGAUGAUAUGUGUAUUAGUGUGCUAAUAUUCAUAUAUUGUUGUUAGAUUUACACGGUUUUACAGAUCUGUUAUUUUUCUCAUUUGACUGAGAACAUGCUUUAUGGAAGGCCGAUAAACUUGAUACUCCCUCCGUUUCAAUUUAUGUGAACUAGUUUGGCUCGGUAUGGAGUUUAUGAAAGAAGGAAGACUUUUGAAGCUUGUGGUGUUAAAACCUUAAAGGUGGAGGAUGGAUGAAGUAGAGAGAAGAGAAUUCGCUGGGAAAAAGGCCAAACUUGCUGCUGCAGAACUUGCAAAAUUAUCAAGACGAGUAUGUGAUAGUCGGGCUGGAAACUCAUUUACGUCAUACAUUACUGCAAAGGUCCUUGACAACAUCCAGUUGUCCAUCAGAAAUGUUCAUAUUCUUUAUCGUGACAUGCUGACCUCUUCGGCAGUAACUGUCUUUGGUAUGAAGCUGUCAAGUUUAACAAUUAUGAGGCAGCUAGUUAGUGGGAAAAUGAGAGAUGGGCGUGUCAACAAACUUGUUGAAGUAAAAGGACUGGAACUCUACUGUACUACCUUCCAAAGUACUCAUGAGGUGAUGAGAGACUAUGCAGUGGAUUCUAACAGUAAGGGGAGAGAAUUGGAAGCAAAUGAUGACAAAUAUGUGUUGGUCCCACUAGAUGUAUCUUUGUCUCUUUCGGCAAUAGGUCCUCCAUAAAUUACUUCCUGAAAGAGCAGCUUUUUGUCCAACAUCACUUAACCAUCAACUGUACCUCAAUUCCAAUUACUCGGGAUUAGCUAUAUGAAUCGCUCUAUCUAUUUAAGGUGCAUUUUAUUUGUUAACAGCGUCCCUAAAAUGGCAGUUUUUCAUCUCCAAAAUGUAACUAUGAUGUAAGGCUGCUUCUGUUUUGAUGGAUAUCUUUUCAUCAACUUCUCCUCUUGUAUUUGAACUGGUAAAUGUGAGCGGUAGAAAUCCUUUGAAG